CAAUCACAGCAGCUCUCGGUUUGUUGUUCAGCUGAAUCGUUGGACCUGAAGUUUGACUUUGACUUAUUUCAGAAGAAAAGAGAAGUUUGUUUCAGCGGAAGAGCGAAAGCAGCGGGGAACAUUUCAGUUCAGUGCUUGUUCCUUUUUUAAAAACUGUUGAUUGUGGAUCUCUUCGUGGCUCGUUUGGGAGGAGCUGCAGCCCGAUGCAGACAGGUGAUGGAUGUCAGCGGGGUCCAAGGUCAAAGCUGCAGAAGAAAACUUCCUCCUUCUCUCUUCUCUCUCCUGACGGCUGGUCCCUCAGAGGGAAGAAGAGGAAGCAGGCAAGCAGAGAUGCAGACUCCCUCAGUCUCUGCAGUCUGGCCAUCAAUGAGCCCAGCACCAAGCGCAGUAAACUUGUAUCCAGGGUGACGUCUCUGGCCAGCCUGCUGCCGCCCGUCAAGACCGCACCGCUGAAGAGGAUUGGUCAGACGCUGCAGCGCUCCAUCAGUUUUCGCAAUGAUAGUCAGAUGGAGAGAGCCGCUCAUCCUCCUCCCUCCUCCUCUUCGUCGGUGAAGACGCGUGUUAUCUCAGCGACGGUCUCCAACCCUUCCUCCUCCAUGAGUGCGACACGGGUUUCCACUGCAGCUGCCCCAGUGGCCAAACGCCGUGACAGCAAGCUUUGGAGUGAGACGUUCGACGUCCGACUGGGAGCGACGCAACCUCUGAGUCCAAAAGAGAUAAAACGACAAGAGGCUAUAUUUGAGUUGGCUCAGGGUGAGCAGGACUUGGUUGAGGAUCUCAAGUUGGCUAAGAAGGCCUACCAUGACCCGAUGCUGAAGCUGUCAAUUAUGACUGAGCAGGAGCUGAACCAGAUCUUCGGUACUCUGGACUCACUGAUACCCUUGCAUGAAGACCUGCUGAGUCGCCUCCGAGACGCCAGAAAACCUGAUGGAGCCACAGAACAUGUGGGACACAUCCUGACUGACUGGCUGCCCUGUCUCUCCUCCUACACUCCAUACUGCAGUAACCAGGUGAAGGCCAAGGACUUGUUGGACCAGAAGAAGCAGGAUCGGCGGGUACAGGACUUCUUGCAGCGCUGUCUCCAGUCGCCUUUUAGCAGGAAGUUGGACUUGUGGAACUUCCUGGACAUCCCCCGUAGCCGACUGGUGAAGUACCCGCUGUUGCUCAGAGAGAUCGUAAAGCACACACCCAACGACCACCCGGACCGGCAGCACCUGGACGAAGCGAUGCUAAUGGUUCAGAGCGUGGUUGCAGACAUCAACAGGCGGACAGGGGAGUCAGAGUGUCAGUACUACAAGGACCGUCUGUUGUACACAGAGGACGGACAGAGGGACGAACUCAUUGACCGGUCCAGAACCCUCAGCUGCCACGGAGAACUGAAGAACAACAGAGGACUUAAGCUCCAUGUGUUUCUGUUCCAGGACGUCCUGGUCAUCACCAGGUCUGUCUCGCUCAAUGACCAGCCAGUCAGCUACCAGCUCUGCCGCCAGCCAAUCCCCAUCCGGCAGCUGGACCUUGAGGACCUAACAGAUGGAGAGAUGAGAGUGGGCGGGUCCAUCAGAGGAGCCUUUAGCAACAACGAGCGGAGUUAG